AGGUCCCUCAGGCCCGUGACCAGGUCAGCAUCAAGGUCUCUCCCAAGGACGCUGAGAUGAAAACAGCAGAAGAGCCAACCUCAAGUCUUGGGCAGACCCUGGAGUGGCUGAGAAAGGAGCUGGCUGAGAUGCAGGUCCAAGACCAGAGACUUCUGCUCACGCUGAAGCAUCUUCACAGUGUCCUGCAGGAGCUGCGUGCGGAGAGUGCCCACUGGGAGGAUGCCAGAUCCAGUGGCGGAGCCUCCCCCAUCAGACCUCGGGCGGGCUCUGAAGGCAGGGGCCACCAGCCCUUUUCCUCCAGGGGCCUGGCCCAGCUCCUCCAAGGGGCAGACAGCAGACGAAGCUCCCUCCCUUAA